CUAAGGGAGAGGUUAGAAGCCAAACGAACCGGAAGUGUAAUUACAGAGGUUAAAAGCAACCACGGGAGUGUGUUCCAGCUAAGGAAAAUCACAAAUUAUCGUGGGAAGCAUGUCUCGUGCCCGACAGCCUCCACUGGUCACUGGCAUCUCACCCAAUGAGGGCACACCAUGGACUAAAGUCACUAUCCGUGGGGAAAACCUAGGCUCUGGACCUAAUGACCUCUUUGGUCUGUCUAUCUGUGGUCAUAACUGUCUGCUGACAGCUGAAUGGAUGUCGGCCAGCAAGAUUGUGUGCCGUGUUGGUCCUGCCAAAGAUGACAAGGGCGAGAUCAUUGUCACAACCAAGAGCGGAGGCCGAGGCACCUCCACUGUGUCCUUCAAACUCCUCAAAGCUGAGAGGAUUGGUAUUCUGGACCAGUCUGCUGUGUGGGUAGAUGAGAGGAAUUACUAUGACAUGAGAACAGAUCGGAACAAAGGCAUCUCCCCCCUGUCUCUGCGGCCUGCCAACCCACUGGGCAUUGACAUUGAUAUGGCAAAAAUUCCUCUGAAAGAUUUGGAGAGUAUGUUUCCAGGAAUGAGUGGAGAUUUUACCAGUGAGAAUUUUUCUGCCACUUGGUACCUCAUUGAGAACCAUUCUGGAACCAGCUUUGAACAGCUGCGCCUGGCAGUGGGGAAUCUGAAGAAGCAGGCAAGCAAGAAGAAUGAGGGCAGUCUGGCCUAUGUGAAAGGAGGACUCAGCACUUUCUUUGAAGCCCAGGAUGCUCUGGCUGCUAUUCAUCAGAAACUUGAAUCAGAUGGCACAGAAAAGGUGGAGGGCUCUAUGACCCAGCAAUUGGAAAGGAUUCUCAACAAAGCGAGCGAUACAGCAGACACGCUGUUCCAGGAAGUCCUGGGACGAAAGGACAAAGCCGACUCCACACGCAAUGCCCUCAAUGUCCUGCAGCGCUUCAAAUUCCUCUUUAACCUGCCGCUCAACAUUGAGCGCAACAUCCAAAAGGGCGAUUAUGAUGUAGUCAUUAACGACUAUGAGAAAGCUAAGUCCCUGUUUGGGAACACAGAGGUUCCAGUAUUCAAAAAAGUGUAUGCGGAGGUGGAGACUCGCAUCAGAGCUCUAAGGAAUCUCCUGCUGGACAAAUUACUAGAGACUCCUUCUACCCUCCAUGACCAGAAACGCUACAUAAGGUACUUGUCAGACCUGCAUGCCUCGGGUGAUCCUGCAUGGCAGUGUAUUGUGGCCCAGCACAAGUGGAUCCUGCAGCUGAUGCAAAACUGUAAAGAAGACUUCAUCAAAGAGCAGAGAGUGGGUGGUGGAGGGUUGGAAUCUGAUGGAGAGUCUCGCUCAUCAGCUCUGAGCCGGAUCAGUCAUACAGCAUCUCUGAGGAGAGGUAGCAGCUUCCAGACGCCCAGAGACGACUCCUGGCGCAGUAAGAGCCCUCAGCAGGUGAGGUUCGUGGAGAAGCUGUCGGACGUGGUCAUCAGCCAGCUGCCAAACUUCUGGAAACUCUGGAUCUCCUAUGUGAAUGGAAGCCUCUUCAGUGAGACGGGGGAGAAGUCAGCCCAGGUGGAGAAGCUGAGGAAGAAUGCCAGGCAGAGACAGAAUGACUUCAAGGGCAUGAUCGAGGAAGUGACCCGACGCUUGGUCCUGCUGGUCCGCGGGGCUCUGUUACCCUCCACUCUCUAUGAGGAGGAGCAGCGUCUCUACGGGGGCUGGGACACCAACACUUCUCUGACUGGAGCAUGGCUUACACAGAUUAUACACACUGUCAGGCUAAGUCAUGAGGCUCUUUCUGCUCUAGAGAUUCCUAAUGAUCUGCUGCAAGUGAUUCAGGAUUUGCUGCUGGACCUGCGUGUGCACUGCCUGCUGGUUACACUACAGCACACUGCCGAGGAUGUAAAGAGGCUUCCUGAGAGAGAAGAUUGGAUUGUAGACAAUGAGGGAAUCACAUCGCUGCCAGCUCAGUUUGAACAUUGUAUGGUGCAGAUGCUACAGUCCCUUAAGGAGCCCAUGGAGUGCAAGCCUGGAGAGGUCAAUAUUUUUCAGCUGGAGCUGGCACAGGAUCGGGCCUGUGAGCUGUGUGUGGGAAUUAUGAAGGAGUUCAUCACCUGUUUGGAGCAACUGAGCACCAAGACUGAUGGAGACAUUGAUACCUCCCAUGCAUCAGUGGACCUGGCAUCUCCAGAUGUCUUUGGAAGCUUUCACGAACACUUUGGUCCAUCCCCAGAACAGCGUUUCCUCAUCAUUCUCAGUAACUGUCAGUAUUUGGAGAGACACACCUUCCUCAACCUUGCUGAGCACCUGGAGAAACAUGGCUUCACCACAGCCGAAAAAAUCACCAGGGUGAGCGUAGAGGCAGUUCGUCAGUUGGAUGAGCAUUUGUUUGAGUCAUAUAUUGAGAAGAAGUCGGAUCCUAUUGUAGGCUCUCUGGAACCAGGAAUCUAUGCUGGAUACUUUGACUGGAAGGACUGCCUACCACCCACAGGUGUGCGGAAUUAUUUAAAGGAGGCUUUGGUCAGCAUUAUCUCUGUCCAUUCUGAAGUGUUCACAGUUUCUAAGGAGUUGGUUCCUCGCAUUUUGUCAAAGCUCAUUGAAGCUGUGUCUGAAGAGAUGAGUCGUCUGAUGCAGUGCGUGUCAUCCUUCAGCAAGAACGGAGGACUGCAGGCACGUCUGGAAAUCCUUGCACUAAAGGACGCUGUAGAACCUUACCUGACAUCAGAGAGCCAGGUCAACUUUAAGCAAGCCCUUGAAGCUCUACCACAGCUUCAAAGUGGAGCUGACAAGAAGCUCUUAGAGGAGUUGUUGAAUACAUUUAAGAGCAGUAUGCAGUUUCAGCUCUACUGCUUCCAGCCCUCUUCUGUUCAGCCUGUCAAAAGAUAAACCACCAUUUGAAGUGUCUGAAGAGAACUACAACAGCCAAGCAUUUUAGUUCUAUUUUUGUGUGCGUGUGUGUGUUUUUGCUUGGACACAACUGUCAAUUAUGCUAUUGCACUCCAACACUCCGAUUACUAUAUGAAAAAUUAUUAUUAGAUGCACUUUGUUGUUACUUUGCCUGGCAGAUGAACCACAAUGUAUAUUAAAAGAAACAAUACAUAAAUAAAUUGUUGAACGUAUUAUUUAUUAAUAGGAUACAAGUUUAAUGGAGCUUGUUAAAUAGCUAAAGAAUGCAAAAAAUGAGGCUUGUUUCCCAGUUUGAUUUGAAAGUCAGAGUCAAGUUAUGGUGCUUGAACAAGAAUAUUUUGUAUAACACCACUUUGGUGCUGUGCCCAUCCACAGCCCUGAUGUAAUGACACACACCCUGUCUGGUGUCAUAUAGAAAGGUACACACCCUGGCCUUCCUCAUGUCACUGGAUUCAUGUAUGUAUCUGUGUGAAAUCGGACUAGAUGUGUUUGUUGAACCUUGCAUUGAAACAGUAUAUAACAUUUAAGACUGAAGUAGGAAAAAAGUAUAGAAAAAAAAAGGUUUGAUAAGGUCAUUACAAGGACCUUUUAAAUGUUUUGUUGAUGGUAUAAUGUCAUCAAGAUGUACAACUUGAUAAUUAAUUUUGCCAUGUUCAUGAAAAUUAAUGUCAUUUCUGGUAAUUUCCCCUUUCAGUGUGGGAUUACAACUUUGAGAGUUUUAAAUCGUAAUUUACAGAUUUUUAAGGAAUUGUACAUACAUUUACAAAUUGGAGUUCAGUUGUAGCACCAGAGGUAUAAAACUGGGUGAGAAACCCGGUUUGGAAGUGGUGAAAUUCUAGUCAUGACUAUAAAAGCGGUAUAACAUUGUAGGGAAUGCAUAUCUCUUUUUUUCCCUGUUUAUGCUUCAAGAUAUUUAAUUACUGGCAGUGAUUGAAACCACAGUUGUUCUUCAAGAAGGCAUGUCAUGAAUUCCCCCCAUUACUACAAACCUGGUGUGUUUAUGUUUUUGUUCUAUAAUUAGUUCUACUAACAUAACAUCCUUCUAUUUAAGGGAACAAGUUUAAUGGAGGUUGAUAUCAAAGACACGUGUUGUUUCAGGUAAAACAGUGGGUGGACGACUUAAGGUGUUAAGGGAAGUUGUUAUGAAUCUGUCUUUCCAUUGUAUGUAGGCAGAGAGGAAGCUGAUCCAAACAUGUUUACAUCCUUCUGUAUGAUCCCCAGUUAACAACUGAUAGAGGAUCAGAGAAUAAGGCUUAACUGUAUAAAAUGGCUAUUUUCCCUGUACUUAUUAUUCUUUUACAUUACAUAGAUUUUUCUCUAGGGAGAACUGAAGAAGUAGAAUCUUGACCUCAGUAUUCUUCAGUGAGAGUUAAAAUAUCUCAUUUUAAAUGUUGUGCAAAUCAUUUACAAGUUGCAAACCAACUACAGUAGGUUUCUCUGAAGCCUAUAUAGAUUGCCACAUAUAUUCAGAGUUAGCCCCUUUUGAUAUGCCAAAAAAUUUCAAACAAUUAGGUGAAUGUGUGAUAAUACUAUGAGGAGAAAUAUAUGGAUA